AGUCUGCAAUGGAUUUGGUGUUCCCUCUGAAACCCAACACUGUGAUUCUCAAGGCGCCCUCUUCAUCUCUCUUCCUCCCUCUUCCUCUGAGGUUUCACUCUUUUCGUCCCCUCUCCGCUUUGAAGCAUGUCAGGAUUCAGUGCGAGCUUGAAGGGAGACUGAAUGGUGCUCUUUCUGGGGACUUUGAUCCUCGCUUUCUUGACAGGCAAAAAGCACUGGAAGCAGCGAUGAAUGAUAUAAACCACUCUUUUGGAAAGGGUAGUGUUACAAGAUUGGGCAGUGCUGGUGGAGCUUUGGUUGAAACUUUCCCCAGUGGCUGUUUGACAUUAGAUUGUGCUUUAGGUGGUGGUCUUCCAAAAGGAAGAAUUGUAGAGAUAUUUGGACCAGAAAGCAGUGGGAAGACCACCCUAGCACUUCAUGCUAUUGCAGAAGUGCAGAAGUUAGGAGGCAAUGCAAUGCUUGUCGAUGCUGAGCAUGCUUUUGAUCCAACAUAUUCUAAAGCAUUAGGAGUGGAUGUAGAGAACUUGAUUGUGUGCCAACCUGAUCAUGGAGAGAUGGCUCUUGAGAUCGCAGAUCGUAUGUGUAGAUCUGGUGCCAUAGAUCUCAUCUGUGUUGAUUCGGUCUCAGCUCUCACUCCACGAGCAGAAAUUGAAGGUGAGAUUGGAAUGCAGCAAAUGGGAUUACAGGCUCGUCUUAUGAGCCAAGCUUUGCGUAAGAUGUCUGGAAAUGCCUCUAAAGCUGGUUGUACUCUUAUAUUUUUGAAUCAAAUAAGAUAUAAGAUUGGUGUCUAUUACGGAAAUCCAGAAGUGACAAGCGGUGGAAUUGCAUUGAAGUUCUUUGCAUCACUUAGGCUAGAAGUUCGUCCUAUAGGGAAGAUAAAGUCUGCUAAAGGAGAUGAAGAAAUUGGCCUGAAAGUUCGUGUAAGAGUGCAAAAGAGCAAGGUAAGGGUAGUAGAGUGA